GUGGGUGUGGUUAUGGUACUUCCUGUUUGUUCCACUGUGGCUGGGAGGAAAGCAUGUAGCACAACGUUCCAGAAUGUGUGAAAUGUGCCUAGUAACUCCACGAAAGUCUGUGUGCAUGUUCAUGGUUGAUUUGUACAAUUAGCACCGUUGGCAUCUUGUAUCUGUUCCACUUCCUUAUGAAAUACUAGACAGUCCUAUUAUCCACGAGUCAAGGGUUUCAUCAUGCAAGACCAAGUGAAGACACUGCAUAUUGUUUUGACUAAUGAACCGAGGAGUGUGUACUGUGCAGGAGAAACUGUGUCUGGACAUGUUUUGGUCGAGGUGUCUGAAGUGACAAACAUCAAAGGCAUCAAGCUAGAAGUCAGUGGACUCGCCCAAGUUUGCUGGAAUGAGGGACCUCAACGAAAAUCAUUGCUAUCAUCUGCAAGGACACCUCUAUCACAUAAUGUCAAGGAGGAGAUUGAGUGUCUCUCUAUUGCCCAGAUCAUUUGUGAACCGACAGGGUCAGAAGAAUGGAUCUGUCUCUCUGCAGGGCGCCAUGCGUUUCCCUUUCAGUUUGAGUUGCCAACAAGACCCCUGCUGUCCUCUUUCUCUGGGAAGUAUGGAAGUGUAAGGUACUGGAUGACUGCUGUGCUGCAGAGGCCUACACAUCACAACACGACUGUCAGCAGAGAUUUCCCAGUCGUUGCUCAUGUUGAUGUGAAUUCCCCACAUCUACUGUGUCCUGUUUCUAAAAAUGGUGAAAAAAUGAUUGGCGCUUGGAUUUUCACGUCUGGGCCUAUUUCACUAAGAGUGGACAUUGAGCGGAAGGGUUACUGCAACGGAGAGUCCAUCCCAAUAUAUGCUGAGAUUGAGAACUGCUCAUCUCGUCUGAUUGUGCCAAAGGCGGUCAUCUACCAGACACAGACCUACCUGUCUGGAGGGAAGUCCCGAAGCUGCAGACAGGCGAUGGCAAGUGUGAGAGGAAACCACCUGGCCUCUGGUAGCUCCGAAACCUGGAACGGAAAACCACUGAAAAUCCCACCAGUCUCGCCCUCCAUCCUAAACUCCUCCAUCAUCAGAGUGGAGUACUCCCUCGCAGUAAUCAUCCAGAUCCCGGGGGCCAGGAAACUGGAAGUAGAGCUGCCUGUGGUGGUUGGCACCAUCCCCUACUAUGGCAUUGGCAGCCGCAGUUCCAGCGUCGGCAGCCAGUUCAGUGCGGACAUGAGCUGGCUCACACUCGCUCUGCCAGACCUGCCUGAAGCCCCACCAAACUAUGCAGACAUAGUGACAGAGGCUGAGUUUGACCAGCACAGCCCCUCUUCCCAGCAGUCCGAGGAGCUGGAGAGGCAACUGGGGGGGCGCUUUGCCUACAUCCAGGAGUUCCGAUUCCAGCCCCCUCCUCUUUACUCUGAGUUGGAUCCACACCCAUCACAAGGCGAAGUUUGACUGAGCAUCUGAUGAAUGGGCCACUUUUUAGUCAAGAUUAACAUUGUGCCUUCCAGUAAGAGUUUGUGAACCCUGAGUAAGGUCACAGAGAUAUGGUGACCAAGUGGUUUUGGGGCACUGUACACAAUCACUGUACUGGGGGUCUUAAUUAUAAUUUCACAUACUGUUGAUGUAUAACAGCAGUGGGAAUUACACAGAAAUCACACAACUAAAUCAACUGAAGCACUUUAACACAACACACAACAGUACACUUCAAGUGUUCUGGACUUAACUUUGAGAGGUGAGAUUUUCAUAUGAACCUGGCAGUGAGUAUUGUUUACUUAAUUUUAAAGACCAAAAAAGGGAAGUGUUUCAUGUGGAGUGCACUGUGCCUUUAUCUCCCAAAUGCGUGAAUAUGUGUUGUAUUUUCUUUUGUUAUUGUGAGCUUUUGUCAACAGUGCCUUAAUUCUAAUCGGACAGUACCAAUGUGCACAUCUAAAACACGCCUUGCAGAACAGAAACUCUUGAAUCCUUUAAGUGCCAAAUAAUGCAGGUCUGAAGUUGAGCACACUUUGACUGGACUGGUGCAGGGAAUGUAUCAGUUAUACAUCAUGGACACUGAUUCAACACUGGACAAUGUCAGACUGCAGACAGCCGUUUUUCACUACAUACGCCAUUCCACUACAUACAAAACUGUGAGGAGAUUAUAUUUUUUGGAGGGGAAACUCAAGUGUUUCUUGCCUGUUUCAGAGGCUCGGUUUGUCUUUGUAACUAAUCACAAAAGGACAGUGUUAAAUAUCAGAUGUUUUGUUUGAGAUAGAAACUGGAAUAUCUAGGUCUGUGUGAGAAACUGUGUUAGAUAUGUGAGCCGAAAGGAAACAAAGCCUAAAGCAGACAACACUAAUGUUUACUGUUGAAAUGUACUGUAGCAGAAUGGCACAUUGAUGUUCAUUCAUUUGUCAUUGCGAACCCAAUGGGUUUCAUCCUUUGUACUUUGACCUUUUUUUGUAUGUGAAAAAUAAACAGCCUUUUCCCUGUC